GUUCUUCUGUUAAUGAAAUUGAAUUAUUGCACAGUAGGAAUCAUUGCGUUGUUUCUUGAUUUCGAAAUGGAUGAUGAUUAUCCUAAUAUUCCUACCACUUCUGGUAUUACUAUUAUCACCCCAUCAAAAAAGUCCACAACAGCAGAAGAAGAACUGAUGGAGCUAAUAUGGCAAAAUGGUCAAGUAAUUAUGCAAAGCCAAAAUCAAAGAUGUAUGAAGAAAUCUAACCUUUCUUCCGAGCAACAAUCAGCCAUUGAAGAAACAGUAACAGCUUCAGCUCCACUAUUUAUACAAGAGGAUGAAAUGAUGAACUCUUGGCUUCAAUAUCCACUUGACGAUUCUCUAUCCUACGCUGAUUGUUUAUCCUGCGCCGAUUUUCUUUAUCCUACGCCGGAAGAAAUUCGUAAUUCGACGGUGGAGAUUAGUCCGAUUGCAUCGUCUUCGCAGCCUGAAGCAAUUUCUUCACGAAACGAUGCAUCAAGUUGUGGUCACUCAGUUAAGGCAUCAACUGUUGUGGAAUCAAACGAGACACCGAUAGCAGCAGUACCGGAAUGUACAGUUUCACGCGUAUCAGAUAAUGUAACACCACCAGUUUCGGCCGUGAAUGGCGGAAGAAAGGAAAUGAUGACGUCAGCGGCAACAAGAGGCGGUAGAGAAAUGACGACAGCAUGUGAGCUGGCAAUGACGUCAUCUACAAGUGGCUCAGGGGGUAGUUUAAGCGUAAGUGCAGGAUCGCUACGUCCGCCGCAGAAGGCGGUGGAGGAUAGGAAACGGAAAGGGAGAGAAUCGGAUGAUAAUGAAGAUCAAAGUGAGGAUGUUGAAUUUGAGUCUGCUGAUGCAAAGAAGCAAGCCAGCAGUUCUACAUCCACAAAGAGAUCUCGUGCAGCAGAGGUCCAUAAUCUUUCUGAAAGGAGACGUCGAGAUAGAAUAAAUGAGAAAAUGAAGGCUCUCCAAGAACUCAUACCACGCUGCAACAAGUCAGACAAAGCUUCAAUGCUGGAUGAAGCAAUUGAGUACCUUAAAUCAUUGCAAUUGCAAGUGCAGAUGAUGUCCAUGGGAUGCAGCAUGGUCCCUAUGAUGUAUCGUGGGAUCCCGCAAUUCAUGCCAACAAUGGGAAUGAAUAUGGGUAUGGAAAUGGGCAUCAACCGGCCAGUUGUGCCAUAUCCGUCUCUAAUGCCAGGUCCAGCAAUGCAGAAUGCAGCUGCAGCAGCACAAAUGGCUCCUAGAUAUCCUCUUCCGGCAUAUCAUUUGCCACCAUUUCCUGUACCUGAUCCAUCCAGAAUCCCAUCCCCGAACCACCCAGAUAAUCAAAUGCCAAACUCACUUGCUCGACACAGUAUUGAUCAGCCAAGAGUUCCGAAUUUUAGUGAUCCAUAUCAACAAUAUUUUGGUCUCCAGCAGGCACAACUGAUGUUAGCCCAGAAUCAGGGAGUGGAACAGCCCAGCAGCAGUAAACCAAACAGUUGCAAAGAAGGAAGUCCAGGGAAUCAUCUAUCUGGUUGAUUACAAGGUGGAUCAACCACGAGAGCUUCUCACGACCAAAUUUUGUAGUGUAAGAGAAACAAGUGCACAGUCUGCACUGGCUGAUUAAUACAGUAUAACAUCACUAAUUUGUAAUUAUUACGGUAGAACUAGUGUUGAUUUAUAUAUUAUAGCUCUUUAAAAUCCUUUCCUGAAUUCGCAUAUGGAUAUAUCUGAGGCGAGUAUUUAAUGAAAGAAGUGAUAUUCAGUGUGAA